AGCAGUUUCUAAGCAGUGGAGGCUGACCUAUUCAGCCAAAUUUUGCAUGGCCCCAUCAAUCUCAGACUGCCUUCGGCCAACCCCUACAUGCCAUUCUUCUUACUGACUUCUUGCUUGUUAUUGCCUCUGCCUCCACCCACUGCUGGUCUCCUGCCUUACCAGUCUCGCUAGGCAGCAGCUACCACGAACGAUAAGUAAAGAAAGGAAGGAAUGGGGUACCCCUCACUACACACAGCAGAUGUGAGGAUCGAGGGCACCGCUCCAAGUCAAGCCUGGACUUUGUCCCACCCCUGCUGCACAGAUUGUAUGACAGUCGGGCCAGGCAAUUCAGGCUACAGCUGCGAGCAAGCUUUCACUUUUGCCUGAAAACAACAACCCAGGCACGGGACACAGAAAAGGAUCUGCAGAGGGGAUCCAGGGACCCAGCAGUCAUAGCGAGAGGCUCAGUCAAGACGUCCACCCACUCCCCAACUCCUGAGCACUGAAAAAUCCAGCUAAGUUGAUGUUCUCAAGCUGCCUUCUGCUCUGGUGCCAUGAAGACCUUGUUUAAAUGCUUCUGGAAUCUGCGGCCACCUCACACAUUGCUCCAUCAAGUCAAAAGACACCUUGCCUCUCCAAUCACCCCACACUACGAAGCUAUAAACCGGUGUGAACAGGAAGUGCCCAAGUACUUCAAUUUUGCUAGUGAUGUUCUGGACAGGUGGACCCAAGUGGAAAAGGAGGGAAAGAGAUCUCCAAACCCAGCCUUCUGGUGGGUGGACGACCAGAGCAAAGAGGUGAAGUGGAGCUUUGAGGAACUGGGAGUCUUAUCCCGGAAAGCUGCCAACAUGCUCCUUGGUCCAUGCGGCUUGCAAAGAGGUGACCGGAUCAUGACAGUUCUACCCCGGAUUCCAGAAUGGUGGCUGCUAAGCGUGGCUUGUAUGCGGACAGGCAUUGUUUUCAUCCCAGGGACGCCCCAGUUGACAGCCAAAGACAUCUCCUACAGGCUCCAGGCUUCCAAAGCCAAAUGCAUCGUGGUGAGCGACACGCUGGCCCCUGCAGUGGACUCAGUCCUGUCUGAAUGCAAUUUUGUGAAAACCAAGCUUCUUGUGUCCGACAGCAGCAGAGAUGGCUGGAUGAACUUCAAGGAUCUCUUCCAAGCAGCACCUGCCAACCACGACUGUGUUAAGACAACAAGCGACGAGCCCAUGAUCAUCUACUUUACAAGUGGGAGCACAGGGUCUCCCAAAAUGGUGGAACAUUCCCACUGCAGUUACGGGAUUGGAUUUACAGCAAGCGGCAGGCACUGGAUGAAUCUGAGUCCUUCAGAUAUAUUCUGGAAUACAUCUGACACAGGAUGGGUGAAGUCAGCUUGGAGCAGCGUGUUUGCUCCUUGGAUCAAUGGGUCGUGUGUCUUUGUACAUCACCUGUUGAAAUUCGAACCCACCGUCAUAAUAAAUACUCUCAACCGAUACCCAAUCACGACUUUCUGCACAGCUCCUACUGCAUACCGGAUGUUGGUUCAGCACGAUCUCACCAGCUGCAAAUUCAUGAGCCUGAAGCACUGUGUGACAGGAGGGGAACCACUCAUCCCAGAAGUGAUGGAGCGGUGGAAGGCUCAUACAGGGCUGGAUAUCUAUGAAGGCUAUGGACAAACAGAAACAGUAACAAUAUGUUCCAAUAUAAAGGGAAUGAAAAUCAAACCGGGCUCACUAGGAAUGGCUUCUCCACCAUAUGAUGUCCAGACUGUAGAUGAUGAAGGCAAUGUUCAACCUCCUGGACAAGAAGGGUACAUUGCGAUCAGGAUCAAACCCAAGCGACCAUUUUGUCUUUUCUCAGGGUACUUAGAUAACCCUGAGAAAACAGCAGCUAGUGAACGUGGCGAUUUUUAUAUCACUGGAGACAGAGCGAUCAAAGAUGAAGAAGGUUAUUUCUUUUUUGUCGGAAGAUCAGACGAUUUGAUUAAUUCGGCUGGGUACCGUAUCGGCCCAUUUGAAGUGGAGAGUGCCUUGAUAGAGCACCCAGCUGUGGUGGAAUCGGCUGUGGUCAGCAGCCCAGAUCCCGUGAGAGGAGAGGUGGUGAAAGCCUUUGUCGUCUUGUCACCUGCUUUUUUAUCACAUGACCCAGAAGAAUUGAUCAAGGAGCUCCAGGAUCAUGUGAAAAAGGUGACUGCUCCUUACAAGUAUCCUAGAAAGGUCGAGUUUGUCCAAGAGCUACCAAAGACAGCUGCAGGGAAAAUGCGAAGGAACGUUUUGCGGAAAAGAGAGUGGGGGACUGUCUAGCUUUGGAAGGACAUUUGCAUAUGCAGAAUCGUCCUGCAAUCAGCUGUUCGCUCUGACGAUGGAGAGUUUCCCCAUCUUGCCUUCACACCCUAAUCUAUUGCUAAGUUCUGAUAUCUCAAGCAAAGGGAUUCAAGCUGUCCAGCAACAAUAACUAUACUUUCUCCUAAGUUUGCUUCUCUUCAUAUGAAUAUCUCAACAUUCCACCAUUCUUCUUGGCUUUACCUUUUCGGCAUGACUUUCUAUGCCAAAAUACCAGCAUGCCAACUGUUUUGAAAAGGCACGAGCCUUAAAAUGAGCAGGGUGUCACUUCACAACUAUUCACAGCAUGGACCCAUGAAAAAGAUGGGCAAAUUGCCAUGUGAAACUCCCAUGAUUUUCCAGGAUGAUGGGCUGCAAAUUGUUUUUUUUUUCUAGACCCAAAUAACACGGAAAUGAGCCUGAAAUUUACACUACAUUCCAUUCCUUUAGUUCUCCAGAACUGCCUUUCUACAUCUUGUGAGAACUCAAAUAUAAUGGGCAAAAAUAACAGCUAGGGGAACGUCAGGAGAAUGGAAUUAAUUGCAGUGAGAAUGCAGCCUUUGUGGCCAAAGUGAAACUGCAAUACAUCGGGAAUUCUUCAGCGUUACAUGUUUGCGCGGCGAGUUCUCGACCCCCACCAGGGAAAUAAAGACACAGGACACCAGAAUUAAGGUUAAAUGGGCGAAUUAGGCCACAACUUUAUUGAUUUCAGGAAUGAGAGGC